CAACAAAUGAACAAUUCAUGUAGACGUGUAUGGCAAAACGUCAUUGAUCAUAUACAUUUCUAAAUAGAUAUUAAUUCGAAAAGGGAUUAUUAUUUGUUCCACCAUCAUCUGUAUUGAGUUUAUGUUACUGAACGCAAAACAGUGUGCAGAAAAAAAAUAUCGUCAUGGAGCACACAAAACCAAUAAGAAAUGCAAAGCCCACCGUUAGCGUGAAACCAACGAUAAAAUUAAGUGAACUAAAUUUAACACCAGUUUAUAUUGCACUCUUUGUGGUACUCAUUUCGAUUGUACUAUUCUUUUUGUGGAAAAAGAAAUCUCAAAAACGCACCGACCUUUUGUUGACUGGACUGUGUGAAUCUGGUAAAACGUUACUGUUUUCCCAGUUGGUGCACAAUACAGCCAGUGAAACAUUCACAUCAAUCGCUGAAAACGUUGGCGAAUAUGUAGCCGAGGGCAGUGGCAAAUCGCUUCGUGUCAUUGACAUCCCGGGCCAUGAACGUUUGCGUGGCCGAUUCUUUGAUCAAUACAAAAAUACGGCAAAAGGGAUCGUGUUUUUGGUCGAUAGUGUCACCGUGCAGAAGGAUAUUCGAGAUGUGGCUGACUAUCUUUACACCGUGUUGGCCGAUCCAAGCGUCGCAUUUGUGCCAGUAUUGAUCACUUGCAACAAACAAGAUGAAACAUUUGCCAAAGGCAGUUCUGUGGUGAAACCAUUGCUCGAGAAGGAAUUGAAUUUGGUGCGAAACACACGACAAAAUCAACUUCAAUCGGUGGACAAUUCCACAUCGGACGUGGUUUUCCUUGGCAAACAGGGUAAAGACUUUGAAUUCGUUCACCUUUCACAAUCCGUUGAAGUCAUUGAAUGUUCCGGCAGAGAAAAUGAUGUUAAAAGCCUCAAACGGUGGUUGAAAAGCUUAAAUUAGAAAUCGAAAAGAAACAGAGAGAAACAAAUAAACAAACCCACUCAAGUU